GAUUCUUUUUUUUCGAUUAUUUGUUGAUUAUUUUGGAUUAUCGUCAUUCAUGCAUUAAUUCUAAUAUGUAUACAUACUAUGAGAUUGCCAAAUGACGAUGAUGAAAACAGAAUGUAUGUAAGAUAGAAAGAGGGACUGUGUGUCUGGGCGAAUGAAUGAGUGAGCGAGUGAUUACAUAUUGAAAAUCAUUAAUAUGUAAGACAAAACAUACAAUAGAAACAAAAGUCACGGCAGCAAAAUGAUUUGCUGAUGAAAAUUGAGAUUUGGUAGUGGUACACAAGGAAUCAAUGUUGUACACACAGUAGCAUUGUAUCGGAACAACGUCACAGCGGUAACGACAAUAUGGCGUAGCGAAUGGACAAUACUACGAGAACAGUAGCAACGACAAAAGAUCACAUUCGGGGCCUGUCCAAGCAAGUGGUUAGCAAUGGAAGAAGAUAUGACAGUGAACAGCAGCAAAAUGCUGAUGGAGAUGGAGAAGCACGUAGGAGAUUUAGAUUUUUAAAUUUAGUUGAUGUUCGUCAGGCACCCAUUGUGCCAGAGUCAUCAAGGUUUAAUCGAUUGAGAUUGGCACAACGUAGAAAAAUAAAUCAACAAUUAUUACAACCACCGGCUCAAGCAUUGCCAUCAUCGUACAGCAGUGAUGAAGAACAAAUUAAUUUCGAAAAUGCUGUGCCAACAAUAGAGAUAUCAGAUGACGAACAAUUGCCAGAGAACCAGUUCCAAGUCCAAUCAGUUUAAGCGGUGGAUCUGUGUUAGCGAUGACAGUGAUAGCGAAUCGAUAGAUGAUGAACCAGUUCUAAGUCCCAUCAGUUUGUCAGAUAGCGAUGACACUGAUAGCGAACCGAAAGCCAAAUGGACUCGGCUUACAACAACCGAAGUGGUGGUGGUACCAGCAAGAUAUUCAACACGACCACAAACAAUUGCAUCAACAUCUCGUGCACGUUCACCACCGAUAGCUCAGCAGCAACAACAACAACAACAACAGCCACAAACAGCACUUGUUCAUACGAAAAUAAACCGUCGCAAGGGAGAGGUCAUUCCUGCAAAUAUGGAACAAUUCACCGUGAAAAUGACGUUAAACCAGUUUCUGAGGGAGAACGAACAUGACAAAGGCCAACUUACCCACGAAAGAAAAACGUGAAGCAUUUAAAAAUGAAUUGAAUGCUCAAAGCCAAGAGUUUAUACACCCGUUCGAUGCACGGAAAUAUUUUUAUUCGCUUAGAACAAGUCGCCAAACAGUCAGCAAUGAGCGAUAUCCUUUGGAUGACGAUUUUGCGUUAAAACUGACAUAAUAAAAAGGAUCGUUUCGUAGUUUGCCACAACUGUCCAAUGGCCCCAAAUAUUGUUCUCAAAACUCCAAAGAAAUGGACGAUGAAAGUGCAUCACAGUCGUCGAAAGAAAAUUUCUUCUCUCUUCCACAGAAUCGCGAUUACCACUACCAAAUCUCAAUUCGUUCAAGAUAAUUGCUUGAUGCUAACAGCAUAUUUCAUUCCGAAUUAUUUCACAUUUUUAUUGAUUAUUUUCGAUUAUUUGUCGAUUAUUUUAAAUUAUUUGAAUUCUUUUUUUUUGUGAUUCU